AGGGCGGACUAUUCAGCAGCCCUCUCCCCUGGGCAGGAGCUGUAGGACUUCGCACUGCCGCUGGAGAGGUUUCUGAGCAGGCACAGAUCAGGUUUGCCGCUGAAGCUGGAGCAGGUUGUCUCUCGGGUGGAGCUCCAGAUGCCUUUGUUUGAGUAGCUUCCAGGUCCCCUAUGGGCUCCACCAAUGUACCAGGAAAUGGCUCUGCUCUCCGGGAAUGCAGACCCAGAGUUCAGCUCCUGCUCCUUCAAUAACCUGGAGAGGUUGUGUGAGGUGCAAACCAAGAAAGGUUUCUUCUACAGGAAGGCCAAGCUGCUGCAGCCCAGGGAGGACCUGUGCUUCCUGGCCCGCCUGGAGGACCGCAGCAGGUUUGUGAUCAUCAACGUGGGGGGCAUCAAGUACAGAGUGCCGUGGACCAGCCUGGAGAACUGCCCCCUGACCAGGCUCGGGAAGCUGAAGUCCUGCCGCAGCCACGAUGAGCUCCUGGACAUCUGCGACGACUACGACGUCGGCCGCAAUGAGUUCUUCUUCGACCGCAGCCCCAGCGCCUUCCGCACCAUCAUGGCCUUCCUGGGCGCCGGCAAGCUGCGGCUGCUGCGCGAGAUGUGUGCCCUCUCCUUCCGCGAGGAGCUCCUCUACUGGGGCAUCGAGGAGGACCACCUGGAGAGCUGCUGCAAGAGGAGGCUGCGCCAGAGGGAGGAGGAGGCGGCCGAGGCCGAGCUGUACGAAGCAGAGGUGUCCUCCAGCGAGGGCUCGCAGCGAGCCCUGCAGGGCCCUGGCCGCAUGGGGCUGUGCAUGAGCCAGCUCAGGGACAUGGUGGAGAACCCCCACUCGGGCAUCCCGGGCAAGAUCUUCGCCUGCAUUUCCAUCUCCUUCGUUGCCAUCACUGCCAUCAGCCUCUGCAUCGGCACCAUGCCGGACGUCAGGCAAGAGGAGGACCAGGGCGAGUGCUCGCCGCGCUGCCGGGCGCUGUUCGCGCUGGAGGCGGUGUGCGUGGGCUGGUUCUCGCUGGAGUUCCUGCUGCGCGGCCUGCAGGCGCCGGACAAGUGCGCCUUCCUGCGCGCCCCGCUCAGCCUCAUCGACCUCCUGGCCCUGCUGCCCUUCUACGUGUCGCUGCUGCUGGAGCUGCCUCCCGCCGGCGCCGGGCCCGGGGCCGCCGGCAGCAAGCACCUGGAGCGCGCGGGGCUGGUGCUGCGGCUGCUGCGGGCGCUGCGCAUCCUCUACGUGAUGCGGCUGGCCAGGCACUCGCUGGGGCUGCGCAGCCUGGGGCUCACCGUGCGCCGCUGCGCCCGCCACUUCGGCCUGCUGCUGCUCUUCCUCUGCGUGGCCAUGGCCCUCUUCUCGCCCCUGGUCUACCUGGCCGAGAGCGAGCUGGGAGCCAAGCAGGAGUUCACCAGCGUGCCCAGCAGCUACUGGUGGGCGGUCAUCUCCAUGACGACCGUGGGCUACGGGGACAUGGUGCCCCGCAGCAUCCCCGGGCAGGUGGUGGCCCUGAGCAGCAUCCUGAGCGGCAUCCUGCUGAUGGCCUUCCCGGUCACCUCCAUCUUUCACACCUUCUCCCGCUCCUACAGCGAGCUGAAGGAGCAGCAGCAGCGAGCGGCAAGCCGCCAGGCGCGCCUGCUGCAAGAGAGCACCAAGCUCCCAGCUGGCGGCGCCACGCAGGACCUUAGGGGCACCUUCCUGCCAGACACUGCAGAGCAGGAUGCAUGGCCUGAGGCAGAGCAGGAUGCCAAGGGAAGCUGCUGACGCUAGAGGCCACACAGAACAGCAGAGCCUCCUGACCUGAGGGGCAGACGCCCACGAAGCUGCCUUUGGAGACCAACCGUGGGUCUUCAGGGCCCUCUGAAAGGUGCCCCUAGAAACUCUGCAAUACAGGUCCAGCUGGAGCAGUCUCCUUUCCCACCAAGCAAGUCUUUUCCCUGUGGAGCAGCUGCUGGAUGUGGCCAGCCAGGAGGACACCAGGUGAAGCACAGACCAUGGCGGGCGCCCUGGUGCCGCCUUCUCCCUGCUUGGUGACAGCCUGUACCUGAGGGGGCUCCCCGUGCCCGGGCACAGCAGGUUAGCUUCAGCAGCGCUGCCAAGGAACUCCAACUUCAGACAAGCCAGGGUGGGCAGAAAGGUCUUUUCAGGACUUGACUGGAUCUGUUGUGGAGCCCAAGCUGCCAGCUCUACCCCAUGGAGUCACCAUGCUUGGAGGUGUUGACAAAAUGAGUGGACAUGGCACCUGGAGGCAUGGUUUGAUGGACGUGGGGAGCUGGGUCAAUAGAUGGAUGAUCUCCAACCAAAACAACUUGGUGAGAUGCCUUCAGUGAGCCCUGGCCUGAGCUGCAGGGACUGUGGUAGGAAAGGUGCUAAGGGGGCAGCAGGCAUCUGUCCAGUCUAACUGAAGACCAAGCACGUGAAUGCCACCAAAAAUGGGAAUCAUUGAGGCACUGAGCUUGGAAAAGAGCUCUGAGAUCAUCAUGGCCAACCUUCAACCUGACACCUCCACAGCCCACCACCUCCCUGACCACCCCUCCACAACCCAAUACCUCCAUGGCCCCUCCUCCAUGACCCAACACCUCCAUGGCCCACCACCUCCAUGAUCACCCCUCCAUAACCCAGUACCUCCAUGACCCCUCCUCCCUGACCACCCUUCCAUAACCCAACAUCUCUGUGACCUGACACCUCCAUGACUCAACACCUCCAUAAUUGCUGGUCCAUGACCCAGCACCUCCAUGGCCACCAUCUCAACUCUGGUUUGUGCCCAGCAGCGAGGCCACCCCAGUUCUUCAGCCCUGCAGGCCCUCCUGGAGUCCUCUGUACCAUUUUGGUUUUAGCAUUGACUGGGAUCAAAUAAAAGCAAUCCUAAAGGC